UGUCCUCCAAACCUUCCGCGGCCAUUCUCCAACACUCCUUUGCCGUGGAGCCGACAGCCUGAUUCGAACCAACCUAGGUGCCGGAUUGACUCGAACCUUCGGUAAGAUUGAUCGAUCCGACUGGGAAGCCCGCCAGGGCUGUAUAACGCCAUGUCUGGGCGUCUAUCUUCCGAUCAUUCUCGCUCCUAUUCGCAGUCUUCUCGGUCUCGAUCCGGGCAUCACGCCCCUGAUUCAAUGCAUGACCAAUCUACGUCUGGCCGCUCGUCAAAUCCCAAUGUCUUCGCAGACGAGUACUCUUUGGAACCCUUGGAGUCGGAACAAUCGACUCUAACGCCCCGAAGUCCGUCCAUUUCAUCUAUUGCGUCCUCACAUACCCUUCGAUCAUCAUUACCCCAUCACCAGAAGCCUUAUGAUACAUCCGCAACCGACAAUGACAAUGAGCAACUAGAGAAUCCGUUCCGGGACGACGCCCGUCUCUCGUUCGAACAGGAUACAGUUCAACGUUCCAGCUUACCUCAAAAAGGGUUUGAUCUAUCGUAUCGCAACUCCGUCACAUCAAAUUCAACAGUCCACUCGACAGCGCAGCGCAGUCAAAGCACGUCGUCCCGCUUUUCACUCCCCCCUCGUGCCCUUAGUCCAUAUACCGGUGCCACCGGUCCAAGUCACCCAUACGCGAUGUACCCGCAGGUCGGCGUUAGUCGCUCGCCCAGUGUGGCCACUACCUCCACAAUCCGCCCGGUAGACGGGCCUUUGAUAGACUCAAAUGGUCCGCAGCAUCCGUAUGCUAUGUACUCACAAAAUGUUGUGGUUGAGGAGGGAUUAGAUGAUCCGAUCAUUCCACUGGGAUUUCCGGGACACAAUCACGAAGCGUAUCAAAGACCGCCCAAUCGUGCCGCUGAUGAUGUUGGCGACUUAAUCGGACCAGAUGGUUAUACGGAGCAGCUUCCACCAUAUUCUCGUUACCCUGAAGGCGCUUCACCUAAGCUAGAACCCUCUGUUGUCGCACUUCCGGAUGACCCGAUCAACUCAAACCAAACCAGCCGUAAUAGCGAUCGAGGAGCUGCUACAUCGGAUGCAUCUUCCAGGACAAUGGUUGCUGGGACGGUGACUGCUGGAACAAUGGCCGCUGGAGCAUUAGCUGCUGGAGACCAACCGACUGAACGCGGGGGUGGAGCCCUGGAUGGACCACCACCUACGGGUGUUAUGGCGUUUGAGGAAAAGUUAAAGAGAAGGGGUCAGAAGAAAGUAUGCUGCGGACUCCCGGUUUGGACAUUAGUCUUAAUAUCGGUUGUCAUGAUUGUUGGGGGAAGCAUUGGGGGUGCUAUUGGAGGUAUUCUGGGCGCCAAAAAGGCCGCAGAGGAGGCAAAUGACUCCCCGGAAACGACUAUUCUUACCAUGACAGUUCCGCCUCGAACAGACGCAACUCCUUUGACCGCCACUCCGUACAACAUGCCACCUAUACCAACAGGCCGGUUUGCUAUCCCAGCCGCGCCGAAAAACCAGUCAAAAUUUUGCAUCCUUGAUCAAGAUCAAACUCCGUCAUGGGGUUGUUAUAGCCAGAACCCUAUUCCGAUCGAGGUUGGAGGCAACAAAGACAAGACGAUUGAUUUCUACAGCGACCCGCUACCAAAGACUCUGACUUAUGGUGCUCAGGCCCCUUUCUUCACACAACCGUCAAUGCCGCUCGACCUGGUGAUGGAUACAAGUGACCUUAGUCUCGGACCUGCUCUGAAUUUCUUCACAUUUUUUGACAAACUGGUGGUAGUUCCUGAAGAUACUUUUUCAUCAUCAGAUCUAUCGGCACGGACAGUUUCAGAAGACGAGGUAUUCGCCGGUAUACAUCACCGCAAGCGCUCGAGUGAUGUGGGAGAUCGACCCUGGUUUUGCUGGUGGAACAGUACGGCCAUGGAGUUUUUCCUCUACAUUAAUGAAACUACCAAAGAGUCGCGAUACUCAUCUUCUGACUUGAGUACGAGCAGCAAGUCUAGUGAUGAUGAAGACAGCAAGGUCUACACUACAGAUUCGCUCUCACGACGGGGUAGCUCGCUGUCGAACUAUCCACGCAGGAUCAAAAUGGAGGAAAAGAGAGAUAAUGCGGAGGCACACGCCCCGUACUGUCAACAAAUGCAAGUUCUGGAUGACGGGGCAUAUACGACAGUUUCCCCCAAAACUAUUGGAAUUAGCGUGAACGAACCAACAGCGACAACAACAACAGGGCAAUAUGGAAGCACUACUCAAACGGCAAAGGCGCAAUAUCAAAGCAUUUGUUAUUGUGUUUCAUUGACCGACUAG